AUGUUUCACCAGAUUCGUGUUACAAAAGGUGAUCAAAGUGCCCAGCAAUUUUUAUGGCGUGACGGUGAUACGUCUCGGAAAAUAGAUGUAUAUGUUAUGACCGUCAUGACAUUUGGCGCUUCUUGUUUCCCCUCACUUGCAAAUUUCAUUAAAAAUAAAAAUGCCGAACGGUUUGCGGCAGAAUUUCCAGAGGCUGUUAAUGCUAUUUUAAAUAACACAUUUGUCGACGAUUGGCUUCAAAGCGUUGACUCAGAGGACGAGAUGAUUUCAAUGGCUAAGAUUGUACGAACAAUUAAUAGUGAUGGAGGAUUUGAAAUGCACAACUGGCUGUCCAACUCAAAACGUGUUGUAAACGCUUUGGAAUGUCCAACUUUCGAAGUGAAAAAGUGUUUUGAAGAUCCCGAAGGCAAAUUUGAAAAGGUACUGGGCAUGUGGUGGAUACCAUCCACUGACGAACUAACGUUUUUUGUUAAAUUUGGCCCUGAAGUGUUUGACGAAGAUAUCAUGCCAACAAAACGAAGCGUCUUACGUGUAAUCAUGACUAUUUUCGACCCUCUAGGCCUAUUAGGUCACUUCGUUAUUUAUGCAAAAAUUGUCCUACAAGAGAUUUGGAGAUCUGGAGUUAAUUGGGAUGAACCUCUAUUCGAACAUGAACGUGAAAAAUGGUGGACUUGGGUAAAAAUGAUUCCAAGCAUACCCAAUAUUCGUAUUCCAAGGUGUCAUAGAUUUUUGAAUAGUUCUCAAAAUGUUCAACUGCACACCUUUGUUGACGCUAGCAUUGAUGCAUACGCAGCCGUGGUCUUUUUGCGAAUUGAGUAUGAAGGUAGCGUAAAAUGUAGUCUUGUGGCUUCAAAAACCAGAGUCGCGCCCCUAAAGCCCAUUUCGAUACCCAAGCUCGAACUUAUGGCUGCAGUAAUUGGUUUACGGUUAGCAAAUUUUGUUGUUAAUGAAAUGUCAAUUAAAGUACAUAGCAAAUUCUUUUGGUCCGAUUCCAAAGAUGUUCUAUACUGGAUAAGAUCAGAUGCUAGAAAGUUUCAACAAUUUGUGUCGUUACGUAUAGGAGAAAUACUAGAAGGCUCACAUGUUAAGCAGUGGAGAUGGGUACCCUCAGCCCUUAAUGUGGCAGAUGAUGGAACAAAAUGGAAUAGCGUUCCCAAUUUGAAUUUUAAUACACGCUGGUUUUUAGGGCCAUCUUUUUUAAAUUUCGAUGAAUCAGAGUGGCCUACUUCAGAAUUUUCUAAUCACCCUGAGGUGCAUAGCGAACAGCUUUAUCGCAUUGAAGUCAAAGGACCAACGUUUCCUUUGUCAACGAUAGUUCCAGACCCAAAUAACUUUAGCAAAUGGGAAAUAUUUCGUGUCAGCCAACGACUAGUAUUUAAAUAUAUAAAGGUUAUUAUGGGAUCACGUCUUAAUAUGGAAUUUGAACCUUUUAUUAAACAUAUAACUAUCAGCAUGGUGGAGUUGUUUAUAUUCAAAGCCUGUCAAGAAGAGGUGUACUUUGAAGAGAUCUCAGCGUUGAAGUCAAAUAAAAGCAUUUCAUCAAAAAGUAAUCUUUACAAGAUCUCACCGUAUCUCGACGAAUUGGGGAUUCUGCGUAUUAAAGGCCGUAUUGAUGCUAUAUUGAAUGUACCCAUUGAUGUUAAAAGACCCAUAAUUCUUCCUCAAAAGCAUCGAAUUACGUAUUUAUUUAUUGAUUUUUACCAUCGCAAGUACCACCAUCAUCACAAUGAGAUUAUCGUCAAUGAAAUUCGUCAAAGAUUUUGGAUCUCAGGAUUGAGAGCUGCGGUACGGUCACUGUCAAAAGCCUGUCAAUUAUGCAAAAUAAAGAGAGCCGUUCCAAGCACACCAAAAAUGGGCGAUCUACCAAUUGAACGCCUUUCGUCCUUUACUAGACCAUUUCAUUUUACAGGGGUUGAUUACUUUGGACCCAUUGAUAUUAUUAUUGGAAGGCGAAGGGAAAAGCGAUGGGGUGUGCUAUUCACCUGUAUGACAAUACGCGCAGUGCAUAUAGAGAUAGCACCAUCUCUUUCCACUGAUUCAUUCUUAAUGGUUCUCAAACAAUUUACGAGUCGUCGUGGAGUACCUAUGCGUAUUCUCUCUGAUAACGCAACAAAUUUUCGUGGAGCUUCACGCUUUUUAAAAGAAGAAAUUGAGAAGAUAUCGACUAAUGAAUUAGAACAGAAAUAUCCAGAGAUUGAAUGGGUUUUCAUACCUCCAGCCUCACCUCACAUGGGAGGUUCGUGGGAAAGGAUGGUGCGAUCAAUAAAAUCUGUUCUGAUGGAUAUUUUGCCCGAAGAUGGUCUACGCGAAGAAGUCUUAAGAUCGGCACUAGCCGACGUAGAGAAUAUUUUGAAUUCACGUCCAUUAACUUAUGUUCCCUUGGAAUCACCAGAAGCCGACGCACUUACUCCUAAUCACUUUUUAAUUGGUUCUUCGAGCGGCAUGCGUGAAAGAGUGAUACCUGAUGGCAAUGGAUUAGCUUUGAGUAAAAAUUUCAGAAUUACCAGCAUGUUAGCCGAUAGAUUCUGGAAACGAUGG